UGACAGGGAUCGGUGCAUUCUUCAUUGCUCUUCCUUUGGGUCUAUUGAUGCUGUCUUACCUGAAAGUUCUCUGGAAACGCAGACACUUCCCUCCUGGGCCCUUUCCUCUUCCUCUUGUUGGAAGCCUCUGGUGGAUUGGGAUCGGACUUCACCCAGACAGCCUUGUCAAGCUUUCUAAAGCAUAUGGAAACAUUUACACAAUCUGGGUGGCACAUCAUCCCAUCGUAGUCCUGUCUGGAUUCCAGACGGUGAAAGAAGGCCUGAUCAACCAUUCGGAAGAGCUAGUCGACCGACCGUUGACCCACUUCCUCAUAAGGGCCUUCAACAAAAAGGGUCUUGCAUUUGGAAAUGGUAGCACCUGGAAGCAACACAGACGAUUUGGUAUAGUUACUAUGCGUAAUCUGGGACUAGGGAAAACAGGCAUGGAGUACCAAAUUGAAGAGGAGGCCCACCGGCUCGUAGAGGCCUUUUCACGGGCAAAAGGGCAGCCACUUGACCCUUCGCUUCUGAUCAGCAAUUCCGUCUCCAGUCUGAUAAAUGUUGUUUCUUUUGGAUACCGAUUUGCUCCAGAUGAUGCAAAGUUCCGGAGAAUGAUAGCAGCCAGUGAUUAUUUUGAAAGGUUUUCAGUCAGCUUUUAUCAUGCUCUGUACAACCUUUUCCCAUGGCUCAUGAAGCAUCUCCCAGGGCCUCACCAGAAGGCCUUGUCCUGCAUGGAAAUGGGAAUUUCAUAUGCGAAGGAGGAGGUGGACAAACACAGAGAGAAUCAGAAUGUGCAUGAACCCCAGGAUUUCAUUGAUUUCUAUCUACUUCAAAUGGAGAAAAGCAAGGGCGACCCCAACUCAACCUUUAAUGAGGAGAACCUGCUCCAAUGUAUUCUCGAUCUCUUUGUGGCGGGGACAGAGACCACUUCAAGUACUCUUCAGUGGGCAGUGCUCCUCAUGGUGGCUUACCCAGAUGUCCAAGAGAAAGUCUACAAAGAGAUAGAAGAGGUUCUGGGCUCCUCACACACAAUCCGCUACGAAGAUCGGAAGAAGCUGCCCUACACCAACGCUGUGAUUCAUGAGGCCCAGCGGGCCAAAUACAUCUUGCCAGUGGGGAUCCCCAGACGAUGCUCCAAGGAUUUGAACAUGCUUGGCUUUCACAUUCCAAAGAAAACCCUUGUUGUUACAGAUCUGAACUCGGUUCUUCUUGAUCCCAAGCAAUGGGAGACUCCCGGAGAAUUCAACCCAAACCAUUUUUUGGACAAGGAGGGGAAUUUUGUUGCUCGGGAAGAAUUCUUGCCAUAUGGAGCAGGGGCUCGAGUGUGUCUGGGGGAGCAGAUGGCAAGGAUGGAGCUUUUCAUUUUCUUUGCCCAUCUGCUGAGGGCCUUCCGGUUUCAGCUGCCUGAAGGAGUGAAAGAACUCAACAAAGAUCCAGUGGUUGCAAUAUCAAUGCAUCCCCACCCUUACAAACUCUGUGCUGUUCCCCGUAGUACUUUAUGUCAAAUUAUAUAA